AAAGCCAUUUUUGAAAAUCAAACUCGCGACCUGUUUCUCUCUCACCAUUCCGUUUCUCUCUCUAGAAUUCAUCGCGAAGACGCUAAGUGGAUUCACUAGUAGACUCUUCAAUGCAGAAAAGGGACGAAUUUGGUGCUUCUCCGUUUGGGACGAGGCAAGCGGACUUGAAAAAGUCCUUCAAGCUUGCUAUGCGUUCUCUUCUCAUCGCCUGUUCUAAGCAGGAUAUUUGCAAGGCAUUUCCAAGUUUUACUUCUACUGAGCAAGAGUGUCUCCAUCGGCUAUUUAUUCAGGUUGCCACUUCUGUGCAUGGAAACAUAGAGGAGGAAUUUGAAUCGUUGUUUCAAGAAACACAGAUCGGAAUUGUUCUGGAUACUGUGGAGCAACUUGUAGAAGAACAAGCUCUGGAUUCUUUGCAUUCAGAUAAGGUUAAUGUAGUGGAUGUGGGUCAGAAUGUAUUGACGACAAAGGAAAAUGAAAUCCAGCACUUGAAGAAUAUGCUGCAAAGGGCAGAGGAACAAAAUCAGCUCAUUCGAGCUCGUAUCGAGGUCUUAAAGAAAGGAGAGGAAGAUGUUUCAGUCAUGGCAGAAGCUGUUGAGGAGUUGAGAAGAGCGAGUUUAAAUUAUGGGAUGCAAGGGAGCAAUAUGAUCCAGUGAUUGGUAUCCAUAGUUCUUCAAUGCUGUGUACCUACAAGCGUAAACCAGGUUGUUUACCGGUUUUGAAGUCUAGUUAUUCACUUGUACCACUUUGGUUUGAAAAUUUCACAAUAUUCGAAUUCUCACUCUCUAGAUGUGGUAUUCCUCUAAUUCCCUAUACCCAAAUAAGGUUGGGAGAUGCUCAAAAUGAUGUUACUUUUGUUUAUCUUAAAUUACAAAUCUCUAUUCAGACUAAUGCUUGACAUCUUCGAUUCAAAUGAACAUAUAUAAAACCAGAAUUAUCAAAUUAAUGAUUAC